GAGCGAAUGAAGAAGAGUGCGCCGUGGAGCCAAAAUUAUGGAAAGUGACUGGUCAGAUUAAAAGUGUUAACUUUUGUAAUUGGGAGAAAUGCCAUCAAUGAAGCCGAGGAGUAUGACCAAAAAUUGUGUAACUAACAACGUUCAGAACAGACUAAGGGAGGAGGCAGGGAGAGUUUUGGAAGCAAAAGAGCUUUUCAAGGAUAUACGUGCCCAAAGCCAUUUCCCAGAUUUAAUGACCUACUCAACUUUGCUUGAUGGCUUAAGAAAACAAGGAUCUAGGAAUCUUAAAGAUGUAUUGGAGUUGUUUUCGGAACUCAGUCAAAUGGCUGCAGCCUGAUGCUCGGGUUUGGACUUUAGUAAUCAAUGGAAUUUGCAGAGAGGGAUUGCUAGAUGAAGCAUACAAAGCUUUCAGACUAAUGGAAGAGGAUGGCCGCCCACAAGAUAAUUGUUCUUAUAAUGUUUUUAUCUGAGGAUUUCUCCAGCACAAAGAUCCAAGGGCAGUGCAACUUAUCAGUGAGAUGAAAAGCCAAGGAUUCUCGGCAGAUGUGCAAACAACAAAGUUGGUGGUAGAU